AUGACGUCCAGCAGCAAGACAGUGUAUAUUGAAGAGAUCUUGCACAAUACGUUUGUGACCUUUGGCGAGAUCAGCGAUAUCCAGUUGCCGAAAGUCUCGGAAGGAGCGUCUGCGAACCGCGGCUUUGGGUUCAUUACCUUUACGCAGGAGGAUGCAGCGGAGGAUGCGAUUGAUAAUAUGCACUUGAACGAGUUUCGUGGCAAUGUGAUCACGGUCAAUGCGGCCAAGCCCCAGAGAAUCCAGACGGGCGAUGCAUGGCGGCCGAUUUGGGAGACCGAGGAAUGGAACCAAGAGUACGGCAACAAGCCAUUGCCUAGCCAGCCUGGGGCAUAG